AUGAAUCGAAUAUUCGGGGUGGGGAAGAAGAAGGAAGCUCCCCCAGCCCCCACAGGGCCGUCUCUGGCGGAGACUAGUGAACAUUUAGACAGCCGAGUUGAACUGUUGGAUAAGAAAAUUAAACAGUGUGAUGAGGAGCUGAUCAAGUACAAGCAGCAAAUGGCCACUAGGUCUGGUGCGGCCGGGGCUAAACAACGGGCGUUGGCGGUACUGAAAAGGAAGAAGAUGUAUGAGGGUCAGAGGGACCAGAUGAUGAACACACAGUUCAAUGUGGACCAGGCAGCCUUUACACAGGAACAAAUUCAGACUAACAUGAACGUGGUGGAGUCAAUGAAGGUGGCCAAUAGCGCUAUGAAGUCCCAGAUGAACGACUUCAACAUCGACCAUGUCGAGGAUGUUGUUGACGAUAUGGCAGAUAUAAUGAUGGACCAGGAGGAGAUCAAUGACAUUUUGGGAAGAAGUUAUAAUAUCCCCGAGGGAUGCGAUGAUGCCUCUCUGGAAGCUGAGUUUUCUAUGCUGGAAGAAGAGGUCGCCAUGGAUAAGGAGAAUGAGCUUCGGGCGGGACCAUCAGCUCCGACCUAUCUGCCAACUGCUUUGCCGGGAGGAGAGCAGCAGGCAACAACGACGGCCACCGCAGCUGCUGAGACUCCAGCAACUCAUUUAGCACCGGUUGCCCUCGCAUCGACCAACAAGCCUCGAUAG